UUUGAUUCGGAGUUAAUUUCAAAGGCAGUUAGCUGCGAAGUGGAUAUGGAGUAGACAUUUUUGCAGUGGUUGCGAACCACUUUUUUUUAGUUUUUAUAUAUAUGUUUUAAAUAAAUUUUACAGUUCUGCUGUUAAAAUUAAAGAUCGUUUUGGCCUCGAUAACAUUUACAAAAUUAAUAACUAUGAGCUACAUAAAGAUGAUUAAUUUCAAGAAAAUUCUACUGUUAUUAUGUAUUACAUCUGGUUUAACCUCGUCUGCCAACAACGAAACACAAACAGAUGGUGGUGAAUCAAAUAAACUUUCCUCGAAUUCAAAUAAUUCGAAUACUUUGACUACUUUAACACAAAAGAAUAUUGAACCGGUCAUACCAUUAACAACGAUCUUUCCAUCCAUUAGCACCAAGGAUUAUGAAGCAAAAAGUAAUAGUUUCGUACAAACAGAAGGUGGUCCAAUCUCAAAUUUACCGUCCGUUAAAUCAUCGAUAUUCAAUCAGAAAGUAAUUGCCAAAAAUAAUUCUACAUCAAUGACGGUUGAUAAUGUAUCUGUAAACAAUGAGAAUGUUAGUCUAACCAUGACAACAAAAAAAGAUCUACCAGUUUUGGAUAGGAAAAGAGGAUAUUUAACUUCUGAUCAAACAACUGUUAGCAAUGUUAAAAUAGAACAUGAUAAUAAUGAUAAUAAUAAUAAUAAUAAUAAUAUAAAUAAUUCUAAAAUUGAAGAUAUCUCUACAAAAGUAGUUGACAAUGUUAAACAAUUGAAUGAUAUGAGUACUACUGUACUACAUGUAUCAGAUAUAUCAGAAACAAAACUAAAUGAUACAAUUACUUCUAUAAUGCCACCUGCGAACAAACAUAAGCCAAACCCAAAACCAACUGUGACAAUGGGUGGGGGUUCAGCAGAUCCAAAUAAGCCUAUACCACCAUCACCAACUAAAGAUUCUCCAUUAGGAAUGCCAAGAAAAAUUGACUAUAUCAUACCUAUUGCUAUUACCAUUGUUGCACUUCCAAUAUUGGGUAUAGCUAGUUUCUUUCUUUAUAACCGAGGUAAAGACUGUUGGGAUAAGAGGCACUACAGAAGGAUGGACUUUCUUAUCGAUGGAAUGUAUAAUGAUUAGGUAACGAAGGAAUAUAUAUAUCUGAGAAUGAUACUUGCAAUAAGAUUUUGUAAUAUACAUAGUAGGCAGCUAAACUGCUUUAUAAUUAUAUUUUGUUAUAUUGUUUUUGUUCUUCUCUAAACAUGAUGAUCAAAGGAAAUUUUGUUUUUUUUAUAUAAUUUGAUUAGAGAGAUUUAUUUUAUAUUGACAUGUAUAUAUUGUAUGACAU